AUGAAGCACGGACUCAUGAACCUCCUCGUCGGGUUCCCGACCUUCCUUGCAUUUGGAUACUCGCUCACAUUUUUUGGCGGGAUCAUGUCCUAUCCCUCCUUCUAUCGGGAAUAUGAGAUGUUGGAUACAGCAACGACAAAGGGCGCACUCAAGCGCCACAACUCGCUGCUCCAGGGUGUCGCAAACGGCAUGACCAACCUCGGUGGCGCAUUUGCCUGUUUGGUCGUUCUGUAUUACGGAAACCGCCUCGGACGCAGGAAGAUGAGUUUCAUCGGCGGCGUCAUUGCCAUUAUUGGGACCGUCAUCUUCUGCACUUCGUACUCGUUUGCCCAGAUUCUCGUCUCGCGCUUCAUCCAGGGGAUCGGGAUCGGAAUUGGUAUCGCUACUGUUCCCGUGUGGCAGUCGGAAUUGGCGACAACCAAGAACCGUUCGGCACACGUUAUUGUCGAUGGAAUCAUGGUCUCGGGUGGAUUCAUGGUCGCAUCUUGGGUCACAUACGGUUUCUCCAAGGCUACCACCGAGGAUUCUUGGCAAUGGCGCGUACCGGGUAUCCUUAUCGGUCUCUUCUCUCUCCCUAUUGUCGGAGGGUCGUUCAUGUUCCCCGAGUCGCCGCGAUGGCUCGUCAUGCAAGGUCGCAUCGAUGAGGCUCGCGAGAUUUUCGAGGACAUGUUCCAAGGCUCUGAAGACCCCGAUAUCGUCGACAAUACCCUCAAUGCCGCUGUCCGGGUUAACGAGACGGUCACAAAUACAAAAUGGACCAACCUCUUCCGCAUGGGAAAGGACAAGAUGGCCUGGCGCCUCUUCCUCGCCGUCACCGUCCAGUGGUUCACCCAGAUGAAUGGAGCCGGUAUCAUUACAGCCUACGCCAACCAGCUGUUUGGCGCCAUUGGACUCAAACACGACACGGCCAAGAUCGUCGCCUCCGUUGCCCUCACGUACAAGUUCUUCACGUGCUUUAUCGCCUUUUUUGUGAUUGAGCGCGUUGGCCGCCGCGCACUCUUCAUCACCUCGGGCGUGGGAAUGGCCGUGUCCAUGUUCGUACUUGCCAUCUGCGGCUCCCAGACCACCGCCACAAAUCUCGCCCCAGCCUACGUCGCCAUCGUGUUCGUUUUCAUCUUCCUCUUCUUCCUCCCCCUCGCUUUCCUUGGCGUCAACUUCCUUUACUGCCAGGAGAUCAUUAGCACCCCGUUCCGCGCCCCGGCUGGCGGCAUCUCUUCUGCCACUCUCUGGCUCUCCCAGUUCGUCCUUGCCCUCACCACCCCACUCUCCCUCGAAGUCCUCCAGUGGAAGACGUACAUCGUCUGGGGAUGUGCCAGCGCCAUCAUUCCGCCCGUCGUAUACCUCUACUACCCAGAGACCACCAACCUCUCCAUGGAGGAGCUGGAGGGCAUCUGGUUCUCUCCCGGUCUUCACGGCCCUGUCAAGGAGGCCGCGCACCUCCGCGCCCUCAAGGCACAGGGUGUCACCGAAAAGUCGGUUCUGGAUGGCGAAGUCUUCGCCAACGACAAGACCAGGGCAACCGUAAUGGUUGAGAAUGUCUAA